UGGUGUUGUGGGCUUUGUUGCAUGUUGUUGUUGUCAAAGAAUUCUUUCUUUUGCUUCUGUCCCAUCGGUGCUGCUACUGUUUUCCGGUCCUCUUCGCCGGCGAGCUACCACCAUCGAGGUUGUGCGCAUCGUGUUGAUUGGUUGAAUUGAAUUCUUGUGUCUUGUUGUUUGCGAAUUCCAAAAUCAGGCGGCUUGCUGCAGGGAGCUCCUUUGCCGGAAAUUCACUAAAGACCAGUCGAAAUGGUGGGCGUCAAGAUCUUGAUUCAUGGGACUUGUGUUGCGACUUGGAAAACGCUCUGUACCAGUUUGUCCAACGAUCCCUGGACUUGUGUUGUAACUUGGAAAACGCUUCGGAUAAGUUUCUUCAACGAUUCCUGAGGUUCACUAAUGCAGGGAGUUGCGCUGGCGUCUGUGUAAGGAUACUUCGCCCCAGCACAUCCCGUGGCCAAUUCUACUUGGCGUAGCCGCUCCUUCGAUGGGUAUUUCCAAAAACUCCUUACUAUACAGUUUUAAAUUAGUGCCACAUUAUUCACUGCUGCUAGAUAGUUGUUUUAAUGGUACACCUAAAUAUAGUCUAAGCGGCCUCGUGUUGCACACCUUGCCAUAAGUAGUGUAAAGCAACGUUUCAAAGGGCUUGCUUAUUAAUUAUUAAUCAGACAAGUGUCUGCACAUUAAAUUAUUGCUGCGAAUAGAGCCUAGCACAAUGGUUGUACCUAAUAAGUAGGCGCUUCUCAGGUGAGCCUAGCAAACGUAAAACUCGCAUAAGCAAGCGUAUGAGAUCACUACAACAAGAUGACGCAUCAUUAGGUGAAACCACCUUCUUGAGGUCAGCGGUCACUCCAACACAGUAUCAAAGUGAUCGCUUACUUCAAUGUGAUCCUGAUGUUGCACCAAAACAAAAGCGAGCCCGAGCUAAACAGCCCAAGAAAAACAAACAAAGUAAAUCUUAAUUCUUUUAAAUAGUUAUUAAUAGUAUAUAUUGUAGAUUUGUGGUAUCUGUGUCCUUAAUGUUUUUCCCCGGCCAGUUGGGGCUGCUUUAAUGGUUGGCCAGCAAAUGCCAACCGCAGCACUGGAACUCCCUGCUGCAGAACAUUGCCCCAAGUGUUCGGCUAUUAAAUUUGCUUUUGAAUCGCCUGGUUUUUGCUGUUCAAAUGGGGAAGUUGAGAUUGCUUCCAAUUCCUUCCCAUCAGAAUUAAUCAGGCUUUUCACUUCACAAGACGAUGAUUUUUUUCACUUCAGAACGUAUAUACGCUUGUACAACAACCUAUUUGCUUUUAGCUCACUUGGCGGGGUCUUUGAUGCAUGUAUGCAAAAAGGCAUUUAUGUUUUUAAAUUACACGGCCAAAGCUAUCAUUUUAUACCUAACCUACUGCCUAACGAUAAAAGACCUCAAUUCUUACAAUUAUACUUCUAUGAUGCUCAACAUGAAUCAGAAAACCGGCUCAAUUUAUUUCCCGAGCUACGGCCUGAUGUGAUAGCUAUCUUAAUGGAAGUUAUGCAAUAUAAUCCAUACGCCAAGUUCUUCAGAUCUUUGAGAGAACUUGACAUCGUGGAGAAUACUCAAAUACGGUUAAAUCGAGACCCAGUUCUUGAUCAGCGUGUUUACAAUGCCCCUACAGCUGAUGAGGUUGCUGUGAUAUGGGAUGAGGAAUCCGCAACCAGUGCAAAUAGUGGCCCUCAUAUUGUAGUUCAUGGAGAGGGUGCACAGCAGCACAGGAUCAUGCACUAUUAUGGGUGUUAUGAUCCAUUACAAUAUCCGCUCCUACGGCCAUACGGUGACUGUGGUUGGCACCAUGGCUUAAAAAAAAUGAGCCAGGGUGGCCGUACGCAGGUCGAUGUACCUGAACAACCUAUAACGUCUGAAGCCGUUACUGAUGUUAGCACAUUUUUAGAUGCAGAGUCUGCCAGUAAGUUUGGCUGUACUUCUCUUUUUGUUUUACACUGCUCUUCAGCCUUACAACCAACUUAAUUGCUGCCUCUUUGCUUGAAAACAUGUAGUUUCAAAACAGGUUAAGAAUCCUAGAACCCAAAUUUCUUGUAGGGAAUACUAUGCAUACCUCUUUCAAAUCUGGCCAAACAACUACAUCCUCAGCAUGCCGCUUAUUUCAACAGUUCAUUGUUGACAUGUAUGUAAAGCUUGAAAAUACACGCCUUGAUUUCUUUAGAAACAACCAAGCAACAAUCCGUGCAGAAUUGUAUCAAGGCAUCAUAGAUUGCUUCGAUGGUGGGGAGAAAAGUGCUUCAAACAUAGGCCACAGAGUUAUCUUGCCGCCUUCAUUCGUUGGCGGGCCUCGUGAUAUGAAGCGUCGUUAUCUGAAUGCUCUUGCCCUUGUGCAGAGAUAUGGGAAACCUGACCUAUUCAUCACAAUGACAUGCAACCCUAAUUGGAUUGUGUUGAACCCUAGUUUUGAUAAUGACAAAGAAACAAAGGAACAAACUAAGUAGUGAACUAAUGAAUUAUUUAAGUGUAUGGUGUUUAAGGUAUCAAUGCAAGGAACUGGGAGAAUACGAAGUCAAUGAAGAAAGUCAAGAGAGGAUUUCAAAGGCUAAGUAAAGAAGUUUCUAUGUUGAUACUGGAGCAAGCAUUGGAUCAAGAAUAAUAGAAGCUAGGCGUUUUAUUUUCUAGUUCCAAUGUAAAGGAACAAAGAAAGAAUGGUAAGGAACUGUGGCAGUCUAUUUGAGAAUGAGCGUUUGUUCCUUUGUAAGGAACAAACUAAGUGGCACUUAGCGAAUAUGUUAAAGGAACUGAGUUAAUAAAAGGAACUAGACUUAGGCGUGUAAUUAUUGUAACGGUUAAAAAGAUAAUUGAGUAAGUCAUGCCUAAUUAUAGGAAAUUAGUUAUAUCUAAUUUCAAAUGAUAAAAUCAGUUUUAAAAAGAAAAUCUGUUUUAGAAAAAGAUUUUAUUUUUCGGAAAAUAAGAAAUAAAUAUCCGGUUGUUAGAAAGAUUUUAUUUCAAAGAUAUUAUUUUCUUAAAGAUUAAAAAAUCAGUUCUAAAGAUAAAAAGAGUUUUAUAAAACUGAUUUUCGGAUAAAGCUCAAGGAACUCCUAUUACUUAGGAGUAAUGGCUACAUUUUAUCCACGUUCAUUUAUAGUUCAUGGGAUCAUGGGACAUGAUGUAAAACAUGUUCCUUAGGGGAAGGAACAUCAUGGGUUAAUGGACUAAACAUGUACUAUAACAUUAAUCCCACGUUCUUCAUGAUUAACACUAUAAAUAUAGAAGUCUAGAUAAGUUCCAAAUUGUGUCUGACUAAGUAAUUAAGUGAGUUUAACUUAUUAAGUGUCAGUGCCUUCAUUCUCUCAUAAUAGCCAUUUGUUCUUUGCCUUCUUACUCUAAUUCCACUAAGCUUAUUUCGAUCAAUUGUAUUUUGGUUUUUGGGGUAAGGGAACUUUGAGUGAAGUUCUGUAAGAGAAAGGCUUUGAGUGAAGCUUGUAUGUGUGAGAAAACUUCGAGUGAAGUUGAGAGGAACUGCUGUUAAGGGAACAGUGGCUCAGGAACUUGAGUUUAGGAACUCAAGGUGGCUCGAGUUAGAAUUAGGUUGUAACAGAGUUGUUUGGCCUAAUUAGUGAAAGUGUUGAGUUUAAAAUCCCUAGUGGUCGAGGUUGUUUCUUCUUGUUGGGCCCAAGAAGUUUUUCCUCGUAAAAAUCCCUUGUGUUCCUUUAGCUUGUUUAUUCGUUUAAGUUUUAAUUUCCGCAAAAAGUUACGUUUAUUUCUACACCUACAAUUCACCCCCCCUCUUGUAGUGUUCCUAGGGAAAUAAC